AUCGGAAAUGAAGAAAUACAAAAACCCCACCCACCAAAACCUCCGGUGCUCGCCCCUCCACGAUGUCCGCCGUCAGAUGUUUCCUUCGCUCCGCCGCUUCUCGCGCAGCAAGUACGUCGAAUCUGGCCGCCGGAGGCAGAGCUAGACCUACACGAUCAAUGUUUCAGAUCCCAAAGCAAAGCUCAAUUUCUAAUCGCAUUUCCAGAUUACCGGUGGAGAUGAGUUGCGGCGUGGAAUCGUUGCUUCCUUAUCACACUGCAACAGCUUCCGCAUUGUUGACUUCAAUGCUCUCAGUCUCUCGCCACUCUUACGGUUGGACUCCUGAAGGCUCGUGAUCAUUUGCACUUUGGCUUUAGGCUUGGGGACUAGCCAUGUAAUGUUUCUGUCAUUUGGACUUGCUUUGCAUUGAUGGAUUUUGUUUUGUAUCGAUAUAUGUUUUGCAAUUUAUAAAUUACAAUUGUACACUACUAUGGUUUAAUUAUGUUGGUUGUUUGGUUCUGAUUGCAGUGGUAGUGUAUAGUUUAACUUUCUUAAACUGUUUCCUUUUUUAAUUCUAGAUGGAUGAUUGCUGUUUUUGGGUGCGGUUCGUUGCGCAUACUUUCCAUGGAUUUCAGUUUUACUUUUUUAGGCCUUAGAGGAUUUUCUCGUAGGUUGAAUGUGAAAACUUCAAGCAUUAAAUUGUACAAGCACUCAGAGCUGUUACCGUGCUUUAGGUAUGAUUGUUACUUUAUUCAAUCACCACUGCAACAUUUUUUUGCCUGCAAAUUACGAUUGAUUUCACCCUGAUAUUGGAAUAGAUGGCCCUGGUUUUCAAUGUGA